GACAUAUGUUUUAUUCCUAUUUGGAGAUUUUUUUCUUUCCAAAAAAGAGUACUCCCUAAUAUUUUGGAACAAUUUAAUAUGAACUCUUCGAAAAAUUUACCAAAGCAUUUACACUUCUUUAAAUCUCUCGCAUCAACCUGGUUGACGUCGCCGUUCAAAAGAGGGUUCUUGAAAGAAAUCAGCCCAUACAAGCCGAGACCAACAUCCACCAUCCCACGACAAAGUCCCCCAGUCGAUUUCGUCUCCGUCCUUCUCUCAUCAGAGGAUGAUGUCCGCCAGGCCAGUUCGCCCUUCGCCGACUCAAUCUCCAUCAGAAGGUAUGGGAAAAAUUGAAGCAAUUGAAUCUGUGGAAAUGCACAGUGAAUUUCAAAAUUGCCAAGUACCUCAGAGGAAAGAGAUGUUUUUUCAGACACCACGGGUGAUGAUUGAGGAUAUUGCCACGAAACCAUUGGAACAUAUUUCAAUAUUAAUGCCUGCAUUAUUUGCAUCAUUGAGAGACAAUAGUUCAUUGGUUGUGAAGCAAUCAGUUAUUUCUGGAACUCGUAUCUUUUGUAGAGUGUUGGAGCAAUUGUCAAUGCAGUUUCACCAGCGUGGCAUAAUUGAGAGGUCACUUGAAGAGCUUUGGACAUGUAUGAUCCAGUUCAAGGAUGCUGUCUCCCGCAUUCUGUUCGAGGCUGCCCCUGUUAGCAUAAGAUUGUCUGUGAUUAAAUUUUUGGAAACAUGUGUGUUACUUUGCACACCUGAUGCAACGGAUGCUGAGAAGUGUACUUCAGAAGCAUCGACACAAUUUAGGCGGCCUUUCAAUAUUUCUUGGAUUGGUGGCAAUCAUCCCAUUAUAGAUCGAGCAGCACUGGUAUCUGAUGCAAAUAGAACCAUUGGCAUUCUACUAGAUCUUUUGCACUCAGCAAGUUCACUUCCUGGUUCACUGACGAUAUCCAUUGUUAAUAGCCUUGCUACUAUAGCAAAGAAGAGGCCUGCUCACUACAACUUCAUUCUUUCGGCAUUGCUUGAUUUUGAUCCUAAUUUUGAGAUGACAAAAGGAGGUCAUAGUCCCAGCAUUCUGUACUCGCUAAGGACAGCCUUUUUAGGAUUUCUGAGAUGUACUCAUUCCGCUAACCCGGAGACUAGAGAGAGACUGCAAAAAGCUUUGCGAGCAAUGAAUGCCGGGGAUGCUGCCGAUCAAGUUCUUCGUCAACUGGAUAAAAUGAUGAGGAACAAUGACCGUGCUUCACGUGAGGCUCGAAUAAGCAAGGGUGACCGUUUAUCAACUCAAUUGCCGAUUUCCGGGGAUGCAACAAAGAAAAGGGAAACCCCUUCCGAUAAUGAGAACUCAAACACUAACUAUGACUUAUUUGCAAAAAGGGUUCGUUAUGGGCUCAGCAAUAAUGCAGUUCAGCCUGUUGAAAGAAACGACUCUGGAAAGGAUUGUGUUAAUGGAGAUGGAGCUCCUCAAAAAGUACCUGCAGCAGUUAAUGCCUCGAGCCUUGUUGAACAAAUGAUCACCGCGAUAGGUGCAUUAAUAUCAGAAGGAGAAAGAGGUGCUGAAUCACUGGAAAUUCUUAUAGCUAAAAUCCCACCUGAUGUGAUGGCUGAUAUUGUCAUAACUAAUAUGAGACACUUGCCUAGAAAUAUCCCUUCAUCAACCAUGUUUGAUACCCCGCCAUUAACUCAGCGAAGUGAUUUUGCAAGUACUUUGUCGAAUAGUAGGGAACCUAUAGGUUCCUCAGUUUCCAAACAGACAGCACCUCUCACUUCUCAAACACCUGCCGCUGCGUCAAAUGUUGCAAGCUCAUCAAUGACAGAAAUGUCCACUUCACUCUCUUCUGAUUCUAAACGUGAUCCUCGAAGGGAUCCUCGGCGUCUUGACCCAAGGCGUGCCACUGUUGGAACUGGAGUGCUAUCAAUACCCAUGGCUGAAGAUAAUAUCAAUCCAAUGCAAUCUGCAAUAGUUAUAUCUGACGUUGAUGCUUCUAAAAUCUCUAAUGGAUCCCCAACAAUACCUAUCCUUCCUCUUUUGAAAAAUAUGCCAAUGUCUCAAAAUCCAAAACUUGAACCUGACAACACUUUGGAGAGUUCAGAGGCUGCAUUGGCUGAAUGGUCAGCUCCAAAAGAGGAAAUUCAGGUUGACGAAGCUGACGAUAGUGUUCGUGACUCUGAAGAAAAUGUAACCGAGAUAAUCUCUUCUGCUUGCAAAUUGGAGCAGGACUUGGUGGCACAAGAGCCAUGUAAUGUUUCAACGGUAGAUGAGGUCUACUCACCAUCUUCUGUAGAAACUGAUCAACACUCCCCACCCACUUCAAACAUAAUCUCCUCUGAGGAUGUGUGUGACUACACCCCUUUUUCUCCCCCAUACAUAGAGCUGACAGAAGAGCAGCAAAGAGGUGUGGGUAAAUUGGCAAUCAAACAAUUAAUUGAUACGUACAAGAGGAUAACAGGGCCAUAUAACAAACAAACAGGCAUAACAGUGCUUUCUCGCUUGAUUGCUCAGAUGAAUGCUGAUGCCGACGGAGCUGUGAUGAUGCAAAAACAUAUUCUCUCAGACUAUCAAGAGCAAAAGGGGCAUGAAGUCAUAAUACAUGUCCUUUACCAUUUGCACACACUAAUGCUAUCAGAUCCGGAUCAAAGCUCUUCAUAUGCUGCUUCAGUGUAUGAUAAAGUCCUCCUAGGAGUGGUAAAAUCUAUAUUAGAUACUUUGCCGGCAACUGACAAGUCAUUUGGCCGACUUCUAAGUGAUGUUCCUUACUUGCCUGCUUCUGUGAUGCGGUUACUAAAUGAUUUAUGCUCCGAAAAUUAUUUGGGAAAAGAUGGUCGUGAUGGUGAUCGUGUCACACAGGGUCUUGGCGCUGUGUGGGGCUUAAUUUUGGGACGGCCACCCAAUCGUGAAGCCUGCUUGGAUAUUGCUUUGAAGUGUGCUGUUCAUCCAAAGGAAGAUGUUAGAGCUAAAGCCAUCCGCCUGGUGGCGAACAAACUAUAUGUGCUAAGCCACAUGUCAGAAAAUAUUGAACAAUUUGCAACAAAUACGUUCUUGUCUGCUAUAGAUCACCAUGCUUCAGACCCAGAAGAUUGCACGGCUGGUACCAGUGAUCAAUUAAAAGAGGUUGGAAGCCAAGUCACAUCUGUUACUGGCUCUCAGAAUUCAGAUAUAGGAUUUUCUGAAAUCGAUUCUUAUAAGGGUUCUCAAUUUGAUCCCCAAAGUGAAUCUGCAUUGACUUUUGCUCAAGCACAACGUUUAGUCUCAUUAUUUUUCACAUUAUGCACCAAGAAACCUAAUCUUCUUCAACUUAUAUUUAACAACUAUGGAAGGGCUCCCAAGACUGUUAAGCAGGCCAUUCAUCGUCAUAUACCUAUUCUUAUUAGAUCUGUUGGUUGUUCUAGUCCUGAACUGCUUCAUAUAAUAUCAGAUCCACCAGAUGGUUGUGAAAAUCUGCUGAAUCAGGUGAUCCAAAUAAUGUCCGAGGGGUCAACACCUCCACCUGAUCUGGUUGCAGUUGUUAAGCGUCUAUAUGAAACUAAAUUAAAGGAUGCAACAAUUCUUAUUCCAAUGCUCACGUCUUUUUCAAAAACUGAGGUUUUACCCAUCUUUCCUCGCCUCGUCUCUCUUCCUCUGGACAAGUUUCAGACCGCAAUGGCUCGUAUAUUGCAGGGUUCUGCGCAUACAGAUCCAGCCUUGAGUCCAGCGGAGGUUUUGGUUGCCAUCCAUGACAUAAAUCCUGAGAGAGAUGGGCUGCCACUAAAAAAGAUCACAGAGGCUUGUUCAGCUUGCUUUGAGCAACGCACAGUUUUCACUCAACAAGUUUUGACAACGGCUUUGAAUCAAAUGGUUGAUCAAACUGCUCUUCCACUUCUCUUCAUGAGAACUGUAAUCCAGGCAAUUGACGCAUUUCCAACUCUGGUUGAUUUUGUCAUGGAAUUAAUGUCCAAACUUGUAAGAAGACAGGUGUGGAAAAUGCCAAAGCUAUGGGUUGGUUUCUUGAAAUGUAUCUCACAAACACAGCCACACUCCUUCGGUGUAUUGUUGCAGUUGCCACCCACCCCGCUUGAAAGUGCUUUAAAUAAAUAUCCAAAUCUUCGAGGACCUCUGGCUGCCUUUGCAAACCAGCCAAGUGUUAAAUGUUCAUUACAAAGGUCAACAUUGGCACUUCUUGGCCUGCUUGAGCCAAAUAUGCAACAACCACACGGUUCACCUUUGCAUGCACCGGAAGUGAGCCCCUCAACUGCCCAUGGCACUGCCUUAACCCAAUAGUUUUCUGGCUCCGGGAGGGAAUGUACAUAUUCAGAGUUCUUAUUUCAUUUACGUGUUUUAGAUUAGACCGAUUUUCUUUUUACGUUAUUUUUAGAUGCCCGUGAGGUUCUGUUGUAACAUUAUUUUGUUGUAUGUUAUUUAGUUUUAGUUGAUCUCCUUUGAUUUAUGCAUGGUUGUUGGGCCCUUGAGUGAUGUAACAUGGAAGUGUAGAUGCACAUGCACUAUUGACAGUAAAAUCAAUUUGGGGACAUUGA